CCCCUUUGUUCGAUGCUACCAGCCUCGAUUCUGGACUCCUUUUUGGCUCGUCGGUCCAUAUAUCUACCCACUCAUUCAGCGACUGCCGUUCGGAUGGGGCGACUGGGUACGCUACUGCUAUCGGGACGCACAAUGGAAGCACAAAGGAGCCCUUCCUCGCGAAGAGCUGGGCUCGGAUACCUACUGGAUCUUGUAUCCGGACGGUCGGGUCCUGAUCACAGCAGACGCAGACUUAAUAGUAGAGAUUGCGCACCGUUGGAGAGAUUUCCCUAAACCAAUAGAAUACUACAAACACUUGCGGCUCUUCGGUUCGUCGAUUUUGACAGAGGAGGGUUCUUCCUGGCAAUAUCACCGCAAGCUUUGCGCGCCCUCAUUCAGCGAGAGAAACAAUAGUCUUGUGUUUUCCAAGGCACAGAACCAGGCCAAAGCUAUGCUCAACUAUCUCGUCAAGACAAGAGGCACUAGCUCGCAGUGUACAUCUGGACAGAAUAUCGCAAUUAGCGACAUGAAAACAUAUAGCAGCAAGAUAGCCCUGAACGUACUCUCCGAAGCGGGCUUUGGUCACAAGAUGGGCUGGACAGACCGGUCUAUCAAAAUUUCCGAAGCAGCUCAAGGGACGACACUCUCGGAGGUCCUUUGGGUCUUUGUGCGCGAUUUGAUCACCUUGACGGCCGUUCCAUGGUGGUUACUUCGGGCGCUUCCCUCUGCAUCUCUCCGUUCCAUCGGCAAAGCUCCCGAAGCAUUCUCGGCGCAUGUUGAAAGUGCUAUCAAGGCCGCCGUAAAGAGACCUGGUGAAAAGAGUACCUCCAAUGACGGGAACGACCUGUUGAGCAGUAUGGCCAAUGCACCUGCGAGCCAGGCAGGUAAACGAUUGACCAGAGAAGAAAUUGUAGCAAACACCUUCAUCUUCACCCUUGCUGGUCAUGAGACUGCAGCAAAUGCAAUGCAGACUGCCUUUAUUUUGCUUGCCAUGGAACCCGAGAUCCAGCGCGAGAUACAAGCCGAAGUAGAUGCCACAUACGCAUCCAAGUCCGACGAGGAGAAUCUUGACUACGAGUCUGACUAUCCUCAAUUGCGGCGAACAAUGGCUUUGAUGCUCGAAACUCUUCGUCUCUACCCACCAAUUGGCGCACCUCCUAAGAAAUCAGCCGGGAUAUACGGUCAAACUGCAACUUACCGCGGCAUGCCCCUGCACAUACCAGCGGAUACGAACAUUCUGCUCGACGGUAUCAACGUGCAGCGCGCUGCACAGUACUGGGGCCCAGAUGCCCAAGUCUUCCGGCCCUCACGAUGGCUUCAAGAUGCGAGCUACCGGCCUCCGACCAAUGGCGUCAACGUGGCGCCCAAGCACGCGCACAUGCUGUGGCCGCGGCGAGGGGCAUUCCUUGCGUUCAGCGAGGGCAUCAGGGAUUGCAUCGGCAAGAAAUUUGCCGAGGCGGAGUUCGUAGGAGUCAUCAGCGCUGUCAUGAGGGAAUGGGAUGUGCGUCUUGAUGGGGGAGGGAGUAUGAAAGAGGCAAAGAAGAGAGCGGCGCAAGCGUUGGAGUGCAGGGAAACACUGGUCACUUUGGCGAUGCAGGAGCGGGUGCCGUUGAGGUUUGUCAGAAGACGAUAGACUAUAGGACGUAGAGACACCCUCCUCACGGACUUUGUCUCUCUGCAUAUGUACAAAGCUGUCUAUGCUUGUCGUUAAAUAGAAAAGAC